AUCAACAACAACAACAACAAAUCAACGACAACAACAACAACAAUUAUGAUAAUGAUGAUGAAAUAAUUACAAUUAAUAAUUUACAAUCUACAAAAAAUAAUUUUACAAAAAAUAAUAUCGAUAUACAUCAUUUAGGUGAUCCAGAUCGAUUAUUAUUAUCCGAAUCAUCAUUACCAAUACAAACAUCUAAAACAACAAAAAUUGAACCUGAAUUACCUGAACCAGAAAAUUUAAGACUUGAAUGUCGUAAACAUGUUGCAUAUCUUAAAUGGUCAUAUAAACAACCAGAUUAUAUUAGUAAUGAUAAUCCAGUACAUUUUUUGAUAUAUAAACAUUAUGAUGAUCGUUUUGAUCAAGAUAAUGUUGAUCAAAAUAAUAAUAAUAAUCAAUAUUAUGAUCAUAAUGGAUGGGAAAAAUUAGAUUAUAGUGUACCAAUCAAUAUGAAUCAAUUAAAUAUUCGACCAUUAUAUCCAUCGGAAAGAUAUUCAUUUAAAAUACAAGCAAUAUGGACUAAUAAUAAUAAAGAUAUAACAAUUUUAAGUAAAAAUUCAACAAUAAAAUCAUGUCAAUUAAUGAAUGAUGUACCGAUACGUAAUCCAAAUAUAUUAUCAGCUUAUCGUGAUGGUGAAUCCGGUACAACAACAAUUAUAUGGGAACCAUUAAAAAAAUAUGAAUAUGGUGGACCAAAUUUUCGUUAUAAAAUUAUGGCCAUAAAUGAAAUUGAUCCAUUAAAUAAUAAUGGACCAUAUUAUACAAAUGAAUCAUCAAUAACUAUUUCAGAUUUGGAUCCAAAAUAUCGUUGGUUAGUUAAUGUACAAUCAAGAAAUCAAUUAGGUGAAUCAUAUGAUAAACCACAAAGAUUUUUAGCUAAUCAACCAGAAUCAAUGCCAUCAAGAUGGCCAGAACAAUUAAAUGCAACUGUUAUUGAUGGUAAUACUGUACGAUUUGAUUGGAAACCAGUUUCAAUCAAAGAUGUUCAGGGAAAUUUUAAAGGCUAUAUAUUACGAAUCAUAUCGAUCAAUGAACCAGAUAAAAUUAUUGAACAUUUGAUUGAUCGUAAUAUAUCAACAAUUGAAUUAGAUCAAUUUCAACCAAAUACAACUUAUAAUGUAUCGAUUGCUGUACGUAAUAAUGGUUUUAUUGGACCAUUUACCGGUAUGGAUUUAGUACAAUUUCAAACAAAACAUUUUAUACAACCACCAAAACCAUUUAUAAUGAUAGAAUUUUAUUGUCAACAAACAUAUUCAUUAUCAAAUCAAAUUGAUCAUUAUAUAGAAUUAAUUUAUCAGCCAAAUAUUCUGUCAUCAUCAUCAUCAUCGAAUAUCAAUAUUAAUUAUACAUUUCAUAUUUGUAUACGGCCAUUAAAUUUUCCACAACAACAACAACAAAUUAGUAUGGAUGAAUAUUGUGAAAAAAAUAUGGAAACUAUACCCGCAGAUCAACCAAAAAUUUAUCGAAAAAAUAAUAAUAAUAGUAUUAAAUAUCGAUUCGAUAAUAAUAAUAAUAAUGAAAUAAAUAAUUUACAAAUACAAAUAAGUGUACGAUCAAUAAAUGGUACUGAAUAUAAUGAUAGUGAUAAACAGGAUAUGAUAAAAACUGAACAAGAUUGGAAACAAAUUUGUAAAGCACAUAUUAUAACAACAACAACAACUACAACUACGACAACAACAACAACAACCACUACAACAACAACAAUUCCAACAAUAAUUUUAUCACAAAAUAUUGGCCGAUCAAUUAGCAAUGAUGAUGAUGAUGAUAAUGAUAAUGAAUUAUUUCAACAAAUCAAUACCGUUGAUAAUGUUAAUGAUAAUAAUGAUAAUCAACAACAACAACAACAUACAUCAACAAGUCAAUUAAAUUCAACAUUAUCCAUUUCAAUAUUGGUUGGUUUAAUUCUAUUAAUAAUAAUUGCAUUAUUUUUAACACAUCAUUAUCGUGAAAAUAUAUUUCAUUCAAAACGUAAUCAACAACAACAACAACAACAACAACGAAGAUCAACAUUAAAUGAAAUGAAAAAUACCCGUAGUAAACCGAAUCAAUAUAUUGAAAUACGACCACGUUCAUCAACCGAAAUGACAGCAACAAAUGAUGAUGGAACAACUGUAACAACAACAACACCAAUGACAUUAGCAUCAGUUGAUGAUGAUAUUAUUGAAGAAGAUGAAAGUCCUUAUUCACAGAUUACAUCACCAUCAUCAUCAUCAUCGACAAGAAAUCAUCAUCAACAACAAUCCGAUCCAUCAAGACGAUUAUUAUCAUCACCAUCAUCACCAACAACAGCAGCAACAAAUCGUAAUCGUCAUGAUGAUGAUGAUGAUAGUCAAAGUCCAUAUCGUCCAGCAUGAAAUUUUUUCUUUUAAAAGAAUUUUUUUUUUGUCACCAUUUUUUCCAUUAUAAUUAA